UGUUCUUUUUUUUUUUUAAUUUCAUUUGCAUUUGAAAUAAGUUGGUUAUUUAUUUUAAAUUAACAUAAGACAACGUUGUAACAUAUUGUGAUACAAAAAAAUAUAAUUUUCUAUCAUUUAGUAAGUAAGAACAAGAGCAGUACGGGUUUUUCUACAUUUUCUUUGUGAAUAUUACUGCUCGUGUGUGUGUGUGUUGCCGCUUCGCGUUGUUUUAAUUCGAAAUCAACAGUUUGAUUCGUGUCAUUUUUAUUCGUCAUAGUCAAGAAAUAGAAAGUUGAGAGAAAGGCUGUAAACGUUUUUAAGUUAUUAGUUAAAUAAUUUUAAACAAGGUUGAAUCCAUUUGAAAUAAACUUAACAAAAAGUUGUGUUUUAACAACAAGUAGAAGCUAAUCACCUUUGGUUAAACGCAGCUGACGUAAAGCUCUUAAUUUCCUUUAGUUUUAUAUCAAUUUAUUGUAUGAGUCAGAAAACUGAAAGACCAGUACUAUCAGGUCAGCGCAUCAAGACCAGAAAAAGAGAUGAAAGAGAAAAAUAUGACCCAACGGGAUUCCGUGACGCGGUCAUUGCUGGUCUCGAAAAAACUGAAGGCGACUUAGAUGAAAUCUCUAAAUUUUUACAUAGCGCUGGUAAUAAACUUAAUUAUCGCCGUUACGGCGAAGUACUAUUUGACAUAUUAAUUGCUGGCGGUCUCUUAGUUCCUGGUGGAUCAAUCUCUCAGGAUGGCGAGAAGCCAAGCACAAAUUACUGUAUAUUCAAAGCACCCGAGGACAUGGAAUCAAUGCGUAACCAUGAGCAGGUAUUCGUCAAUCUCAUGCGUCGAUAUAAGUACUUGGAGAAGAUGUUCGAAGAAGAAAUGAAGAAAGUGCUAGUCUUCAUUAAAGGUUUUACUCCGGACGAACGCAUUAAACUUGCGCGGAUGACUGCGCUUUGGUUAUGCAACGGUUCUGUACCACCAAGUGUAUUAUUGGUGCUCAAUAACGAGCACUUGAUUAAGGAUGGCAUAGCUCUCGAUUUUUUGGUUGAGUUGUUUGUCACCUUUAAACAGGAAAAGGGAAUGGCUUCUCUAAUACAAACACUUAAAAAGGGUGGUUUAGAAAGCAAACUUAUGGACUUUUUCCCACCUAACAAACGUACUGAAGAAUAUUUCAAACAAGUCUUUCUUGAUAAAGAACUUACAGAAGUUAUAAAAUUGCAUAAAGCCCAGGCCAGUCAGGAGGCCAAAAGGGAAUUGCAACAAACACUAAUUGAUGAUAUGAACGAUGAGAAACCACACUCUGAAAUUACAACAAAUAUAAAAGAAUUCGCCCAAAAAACCGACAUUCCGGACAAUGAAAUUAUCGUCAUUAUAUGGUCUACCAUAAUGUCCCUAGGCGAAUGGAAUAAAAAAGAAGAACUUGUGACCGACCAAGCUGUGCGUCACUUGAAAGGCUAUUGCCCACUGUUUCAAGCUUUCGCAACCACCGAUCGUGCAGAGAUGGCAUUAAUUUUGAAAGUUCAAGAGUUCUGCUAUGAAAAUAUGAACUUUAUGAAGGCCUUCCAAAAAAUCAUCUUAUUGUUUUACAAAACUGAAAUCCUUUCGGAAGAGGUUAUUUUACGUUGGUACAAAGAAAACAACUCGGUCAAGGGUAAAAUGCAUUUCCUCGACCAAAUGAAGAAAUUUGUGGAGUGGCUGCAAAAUGCCGAAGAAGAAUCUGAAUCUGAAGACGAACAAAAGAAUGGAGAAUAACAAGAUAAUAUUAUGAUUGCUUGUUGAAAUAGGAGACGGAGGGAGGAUGUUGUAAACCGUUCAUAAAUACAACAUCUGGUAAUCUAAGUCUAAUAAUUACAACAUAUUCCCAACAUUUGUCAUCUUCAUCGGAUUAAAACCGCCACCAACUACAACGUCAAAAAAGAAGAUAAUCGCAACAUCAAUAACUUAACCUAGGCAAACAAUAUCGAUGUCCAAUCUCUUCUCUCUACUGCAUAUAAUAAUUAAACCAAUUUGCCUCUAUAAAUGAUAUGCCAAGAACAACAACAACUGCAUUGAUCAUAAAUUGUAAAAAAGAAAAACAUCAACAUGGAAUCCAAAAUUUUUGACGUCAGUAACAGGAUUGACAAACACAUAUUUUAUUGCAAUAUACAACAAACACAACAUUUAUAGUAAAAGAAAUCAAAGAAAAUAAACAAAACAAAAUAAAUGAAAUGAAAUGAAAUGAUGGUAUUAUGCAUGGAAAAACGUAAGAUCAAUCAAUCCAGCAAAUUAAAGUAAACAAAAAAUAGAUACUGAACAAAUUCUGCCACCAACCAACCGAACAACCAACACACAUACGGUACCCAUGUGCAUAUGUGCAACACCUAUCCACUUUGCGGCAUCAUAGUAUUUCUUCCCUUUAUUGGAAUGUUCGUUCAGUUCCACUUUGUGUCAUCAUGUUAGAUAAUACAUUUAUUUUUUA